UCGGCUUAAAUUAAAUAAAUUUCCUCGAAUUGUCGAUGAUCAUGCCUGGACAAUCCAUCCGCAUGUUCAUCUCCUGGUUGAGGCACAUCAUCAGGACGACUGCAUCUCGCUCAUACCCAAGUGUCCUUUCUGUCCUCCUGCGGUUGAUCCGACGCUGUUGGCAAAUCGUCGUUAAUGACAAAGAGAGACCUCAAGAGCGGGGUUUAGCGUUGAGCUCUCAGCCAACCGAACAAGACAAGUUGACGACUUCUGUGACCCUUGCAGUGCCACUGCUUCAUGCACCUUUACAUGAUGAAGGGUGCCAACCUGGAAUGAACAUUCAGAUUCAAACUCCAGAGCUUGACGAAGGGUCGCAUGCCGUGGUUUUCACUACUCAGUCUCAGGCUCCCCAGAACUCAUGUUCACCAGUGAUAGCAAGCUCUGGGUCCGAGCCUAGCAUCUACAUCACGCCACCACAGUCUCCGGUGCCAGGACAGUCGCUCGGUAUCACUCUAACCCCCAUUACACCCAGCCAGAUCAGACGAAACGACAGGAAUGCAAAGAUUUGAGAUGAAUAUGUGAUUUUUGAGGUUGAGAAAGGUUCUUUGGACUGUUCAGAGUAAGAAUAUUGUUGAGAGAGCUAGCGACGAGAUUGAAACAGGCUCAUAGGGAGCUUGUUCCAGUAGCGGGAUGGGAGCCGCUCACCCACCCAUCAGGAGCUUUGUUUUUCUACCACCC